AUGCCAGUUAAAUCCAAAGACAAUUUACCAUGGGUGGAAAAAUAUCGUCCAGAUAAUCUUGAAGAAGUUAAAGGACAACAAGAAAUUGUUGAUACUGUUCGUAAAUUUGUUGAAACGAGGAAAUUACCUCAUUUAUUAUUUUAUGGACCACCGGGUACUGGUAAAACUUCAACAAUAAUUGCAUUAGCUAAAGAAAUUUAUGGAUCUAUUAAUUAUAAAGAUAUGAUUUUAGAAUUAAAUGCAUCAGAUGAUCGUGGUAUUGAUGUUGUUCGUAAUCAAAUUAAAAAUUUUGCUAGUACUCGACAAAUAUUUACUAAAAAUAAUUCUAUUAAUAAUGAUCAAUUUAAAUUAAUUAUAUUAGAUGAAGCUGAUGCUAUGACUAAUAUAGCUCAAAAUUCAUUACGUCGAGUCAUUGAAAAAUUCACGAAAAAUUGUCGAUUUUGUAUUUUAGCCAAUUAUUCUCAUAAAUUGAAUCCAGCAUUAAUAUCUAGAUGUACUAGAUUUAGAUUCACACCUAUUGAUAUUUCUGCUAUUAAAGAUCGAUUAAAUAUUGUGAUUAUUAAAGAAAAUGUUAAUAUUUCUUCUGAUGCCAUUGAUGCAUUAUUAAAAUUAUCAAAUGGUGAUAUGAGACGAGCAUUAAAUGUUUUACAAUCAUGUAAAGCUGCAUUAGGUGAUGAUGAAAAUAUUGAAAUAAAUGUUGAUAUGAUUUAUGAUUGUAUUGGAGCUCCAUAUCCUCAAGAUAUUGAAACUUGUUUAGAUUCAAUAUUAAAAGAUGAUUGGACUACAGCUUAUUUAACUUUAAAUAAAUAUAAAAUUAUUAAAGGAUUAGCUUUAAUUGAUUUAAUCACAGGAUUUAUUGAAAUUUUAAAUAAUUAUAAAUUGAAACUGAAAACAAGAUUAGAAAUUUUAAAAGGAUUAAGUGAUAUAGAAUAUGGAAUUUCAAAAGGUGGUAAUGAUAAAAUUCAAACUAGUGCUAUAAUUGGUGUCAUAAAAGAUGCUAUGGAAUUUGAAGCAAAAUAA